AUGCUGCUGCUCUUGUUUUUUGUGCUGGGUGCCAGCUAUCUUUUCUACCUCUAUUCCAAACGACAGCUGAGGCAACAAGAACUCCGCGAUGCGAUUGCUAGAAGACAGCAAGAGCGAGUGGAAUCUUUGGAGCUGGCUCAAAGGUCAGCUGACCAAGUACCGCUGGAGAAGAAAGAGCAGAUAGCUAAAUGGAACUUUCAAGAGCUAAGAGAAAACCUGCAAAAGGGAAAUGUCAGUUGCUUAGAAGUGCUACGCACCUAUCAAUGGAAAGCUUUGGCAGCGCAGAAAAAAACCAACUGUGUGACAUUGUUCAUUGAAGAAGCGGAGCAAUGGGCGAGCGAUUGGGAUGAGAAAGCAACUCAGUCAGGUUUCAAGAAACCAGCCUUUUUUGGAAUUCCGAUUAGUAUCAAAGAAUGCAUACCUAUGAAAGGAUAUGACACUACCAGAGGCUUUGCUCAAGAUGUCGGAAAACCUUCAACCUCUGAUGCUAUCAUUAUUCAACAAAUCAAGUUACUUGGAUUCAUUCCUUUUGUGCAGACAAACGUGCCACAAUCUUUGCUUGCCUACAGCUGUAGCAAUCCAAUUUAUGGCGUAACAAACACCCCAGCAGACGUCACACGAACCUGCGGUGGUUCCUCAGGUGGUGAAGCAGCUCUUUUGGCAGCAGAAGGUUCCAUAAUCGGGAUUGGUGGCGAUGUUGGCGGUUCAAUUCGAAUCCCAUGUCAUUUCACAGGAAUGGCUGGGAUCAAGCCUUCGCAUCUACGAUUUUCACAUCGCGGUGUACCUGGAGCUGUUCCUGGACGUCCAUUGAUCAAUGCAAACGAGGGACCAAUGACUAAGAAUAUACAAACCUCUGCUGAUUUUCUCAAAGAGAUGUGGAGCGAUAAUUGGAUCACCGAGCAAGAUCCAUACGUCCCGCCAGUGCGCUGGAACGAUGAUAUGUACCAUGAGGGAAGGAAGUAUCGCAUCGGUUACUACGUCGACGAUGGCUGGUUCACUCCCGCACCUGCUAUCCAGCGUGCUGUACAAGAAGCAAAAACGCAUUUGGAGGCUGCUGGUCAUACUGUAGUGCCUUUCAAACCUCCAAGGGUCCCUGAAAUGAUGAGACAUUACGUUCGAGCCGUAUGCGUUGAUGGAGGACAAUUCGUAUUCGGCAAACUUCUCAACGAUAUCAUCGAUUCGUCACUUUAUGGUCAGAUGUUUCUCUUCAUCGUACCCAUUUGUAUACAACGUCUGCUUGCCUAUCCCCUGGCUUAUGUUUCCCCUCGAAUAGCUAAUAUGGUUUGUGCGAUGACGCUUAAGACUACUGAACUGCGUGAAACGUAUGCUGCGAUCGAGCAAUAUCGCGGAGAAUUCGUCGAACAAAUGAUGAAAGACGAUUUGGACGCUUUACUUUGUCCUCCUCAGGUUUUGAUAACCCCAAAGCAUGAUAUCCCGGCAAAGCUCUUCUCAGGCGUUUCCUACACAGCACUCUUCAAUCUGCUGGACUUCGGAGCCGGAGUAGUGAAUGUUACAAAAGUGAAUGAAAAGGACGAAGAGAAGCUCAAAGACUAUCCAGACACCGAUCUAUGGUAUAGAAUUGCCAAGGAAGCUUGCAAGGAUGCCAUCGGCCUUCCCGUAAAUGUGCAAGUGGCAGCUCCUCCAUAUCGGGAGGAAAUCGUGUUGAAAAUUCUUAGAGAUGUGGAGCUGGCUGUUACAGGAAAAUAA